AUAAUGAUUUCACCUUUAAAAACUGCCUUCUUGAGCAAGUGUCCAUUUGGUCACCCAGAUUUCAUUGGUCCUAACUUUCAUCAGGUUGUUCUUGCAGAACGUGCCAGUAGAAGCAUUCACCAACUGAAAUGUGCCCUGAAAGAAGGUGAUGUCACUAUUGGAGAAGAUGCACCAAAUCUUUCUUUUAGCACCAGUGUGGGAAAUGAGGAUGCCAGGACAGCCUGGCCCGAAUUACAACAGAGCCAUGCUGUUAAUCAGCUCAAAGAUUUGUUGCGCCGACAAGCAGAUAAGGAAAGUGAAGUAUCUCCAUCAAGAAGAAAAAUGUCCUCUUUGAGGUCAUUAGAACAUGAGGAAACCAAUAUGCCUACUAUGCACAACCUUGUUCCUAUUAUUAAUGACCAGUCUCAGUAUAUUCAUCAUUUAGAGGCAGAAGUUAAGUUCUGCAAGGAGGAACUCUCUGGAUUGAAAAAUAAAAUACAAGCAGUUGUGCUUGAAAAUGAAAGCCUCCAGCAAGAGCUGAAAUCUCAAAGACAGGAGGAGACACUAAGGGAACAAACACUUCUGGAUGCAUCUGGAAACAUGCAGAAUUCUUGGAUUACAACAGGUGAAGAUUCUGGGGUGGGUGAAACUGUCAAAAGACCAUUUUCCCAUGACAAUGCAGAUAUUGGCAAAGCUGCAUCUGCUGGUGAGCAGGUAGAAGUGGAGAAGCUAAAACUUUCUUAUGAGGAAAAGUACGAAAUUCAGGAAUCCCAACUGAAGUUUUUGAGGAAAGACUUAGCUGAAUAUCAGAGAACUUGUGAAGAUCUUAAAGAGCAACUAAAGCAUAAAGAGUUUCUUCUGGCUGCUAAUACUUCUAACCGGGUUGCUGGUCUUUGUUUGAAAUGUGCUCAGCAUGAAGCUGUUCUUUCCCAGACCCAUAGUAACGUUCACGUGCAGACCAUCGAAAGACUGAUGAAAGAAAGAGAUGACUUGAUGUCUGCACUGGUUUCCGUAAGGAGCAGCUUGGCAGAUACGCAGCAAAGAGAAGCAAGUGCUUAUGAACAGGUGAAACAAGUUUUGCAAAUAUCUGAGGAAGCCAAUUUUGAAAAAACCAAGGCUUUAAUCCAGUGUGACCAGUUGAGGAAGGAGCUGGAGAGGCAGGCGGAGCGACUUGAAAAAGAACUUGCAUCUCAGCAAGAGAAAAGGGCCAUUGAGAAAGACAUGAUGAAAAAGGAAAUAACGAAAGAAAGGGAGUCCAUGGGAUCAAAGAUGUUGAUCUUGUCUCAGAAUAUUGCCCAACUGGAGGCCCAGGUGGAAAAGGUUACAAAGGAAAAGAUUUCAGCUAUGAAUCAACUAGAGGAAAUUCAAAGCCAGCUUGCUUCUCGGGAAAUGGAGGUCACAAAGGUGUGUGGAGAAAUGCGCUAUCAGCUGAAUAAAGCCAACAUGGAGAAGGAUGAGGCAGAAAAGGAGCACAGAGAGUUCAGAGCAAAAACUAACAGGGAUCUUGAAAUUAAAGAUCAGGAAAUAGAGAAAUUGAGAAUAGAACUGGGUGAAAGCAAACAACACUUGGAACAGGAGCAGCAGAAGGCAGCCCGGGCCAGAGAGGAGUGCCUGAGACUAACAGAACUGCUGGGCGAAUCUGAGCACCAACUGCACCUCACCAGACAGGAAAAAGAUAGCAUUCAGCAGAGCUUUAGCAAGGAAGCAAAGGCCCAAGCCCUUCAGGCCCAGCAAAGAGAGCAGGAGCUGACACAGAAGAUACAGCAAAUGGAGGCCCAGCAUGACAAAACUGAAAAUGAGCAGUAUUUGUUGCUGACCUCCCAGAAUACAUUUUUGACAAAGUUAAAGGAAGAAUGCUGUACAUUAGCCAAGAAACUGGAACAAAUCUCUCAAAAAACCAGAUCUGAAAUAGCUCAACUCAGUCAAGAAAAAAGGUAUACAUAUGAUAAAUUGGGAAAGUUACAGAGAAGAAAUGAAGAAUUGGAGGAACAGUGUGUCCAGCAUGGGAGAGUACAUGAGAUAAUGAAGCAAAGAUUUUAAAAUUUGGCUAUCAUAUGCAAGGCAUCACUCUCUGUCAGAAAUAUAAUUGUCAGGUGUCCUGGUAUGGAUAGAGGUCCUGCAGAACCUUCAGGACCCAUCCCAAAAUGAAGAAGACACAAGAUACAGUUAUGUUCUGUCCUCCUCUUGACUUCUGUGUGGGUCAGAGUGAGUUACUAAUUUUAGAAGUGUUCUCGUGAAGACAUCUGACUAUUCAGCACACACAAUCUUAAGGUCUUUGCUGUAAGAAGCUCAACCAUCCUUUAGCCUCUCCGGCCAGGGAUCCUGGCCUCUGCUUUUGUGUUUCAAGAAUUCUUGGUUCUGGCCCUUUCCUUGAUUCCCUAAUUUCCACAGUUUGACAGCACUGAAUGUUGUGUUAAACUUCUUGCUACCAUGUAAAAAUUUCCUGACACCUCUUGCAAUAAUUGUUAUUAUAUAAUAUAUAAUUAUGUAAGAUGUAACAACUAUAUAAUAAUCAUCAUUGUAAUUCUUAUCACUGUUGUAGCAGCAGCUUAGAGGGUGCUUGCUGUAUACCAGCUCCUCUUCUAAGCACUUACCUUUUAAACCCACUGAAUUUUCAUAACCACCACGUGAAGAGAGUACUAGCAAUAUCCCCAUUUUAGCAAUGAGGAAACUGAGGCACAGUGAGGUGAAGUAACUGGCUGAAGGUCACACAGCUACUAUGUGAGAGAUGCCGAACUUGAACCUGGGCAGUGUUGCUGCCCAUUCUGGGAAGAAGGAAUGCUGAUUUGAAGAAUCUCAGCAAUACUUUAGCUCCCAUAAUAGUAAAAAUUUUUAGAAGCUCUUCCUGUGAUUCCAAUCAGAUGUGGCAUUGUUUUAUAUUCCCAUUCUCAGUGAUCUCUAAAUGGCAUUCCUGCCACUAAACUGCCACUGUUUUCCUACAAGGGACAUCUGAUCAGUUUCUGAAUUGAGUCCCAGGAUACAUGCCUUAAGCUAUUGCAUGAAUCUCCUCUAUGUAGGAAAUUCUUGUGUUCUGAUAGAUGGAGAAAAAUGUGGUGGAGAUAGUAAAAUAUUACCAGUUUCAAAUGUGUUUAUGUUACCUUAAAUUUGAGGCAGAUUAUGGACAGUGAGAAGAAAAAGAAGAGGAGCAAUAAUUUGAAAUAGAAGAGUGACAGAAAGGACAAUUUGGUAAAGCCUUUCCUUCCCAUAAUGAAAAAAGUAGUCCCUCAUUAUUGACAGUUCACUCAGACGUUACUGUACUUUACAAUCGUCUUUCAGGGUUUCUUCCAAUUUAUGAUUGGGGAGGUGGAGGCUCGGAGGGAGGAAGUGUGGCCACAGCUGCACAGGCCUAGGAGGGAAAGCUAGAAUUUAAAUAGGUUUGCCUGACUCGAAAGCUUGUGCUGUCACUGAAAGACCAUAGUAUCUUUCUGCCUCUAAAGAGAAGAUGGUCCUGUUGGACCUGGAAAAUCAGUGGCUAACAUGGGGCUUUUCAAGAUGCAAUAAGAUGGAGGAGGCCAGAGGUUCAGCACGUGCUGCCAGAAACAAGUCACGGAAUAAUGGAGGCAUAUUACAGAGAGGCUUGGGGGGUGGGGGGUAGAAAAAUUGUACCUAAAAUGAAAGAAAACACAACCUUUUGAAUGAGUGGGAAUGGAAGGUGAUACUAAAAUAUUUAGAAAGCUAAAAAGUUUUUGUUUUUUAAGAGACAGGGUCUUACUCUGUUGCCCAGCUUGGAGCGCAGUGGUACAAUCAGAGCUCAUGGCAGCCUUAACUCCUGUGCUGAAGUGAUCCUCCCACUUCAACCUCCUGAAUAGCUGGGACUACAGGCGUACCAACAUCCUCAACACCGAAAAAUGUUUUUAUUUUUUUCGGGCGAUGAGGUCUCACUACAUUGCCCAGUCUGGUCUUGAACUCCUGGCCUUAAAUGAUCCUCCUGCCCAGGCCUCAAGAAGCUAGUAAGUUUCUCAUCAGUUUGCACAUGCUUCUGAGUAUGCUAAUGCUUUUUUUUUUAUUACCACUCAGUGGUAAUAAAUGGUGAUGUGGUAAUUCCAAGCUGUUUAGGAAAAUUUGUACUACCAAAUGUCACUGUCACUCAAGGGAUUAUUGCAUAUAGGUCUUAUUUUGUUUGUUCUUUUUUAAGGCUUUCUCUGCCUUUCUCCCUUCUGUUACCAUGGCAGUAUUAAUGUUAUUGAUCUGAGUAGAACGUGAUGUUAUUCAUCAGUGUGACAGACAUUAGAUUUGUAAAGAAUCUAUGUAUUAGAGCAAUUUAUCAGGUGUUAAUAAUUCUCAUACAUUGUUUUGUUUUUUGGUCACCCAAUAAGAAGCCUCUAUUGAGAUAAAGAGGCAUGAUUUUUUCUCACAAAAUGGAUGAUUUCUUAUUUUAAACACAAAGUGUGUGUAGCAAGCACUACUUUCUCUAGGAAGAUCUAUGGGAGGAUUCCGAUGGCAUGUUGGUCAGCCUUCCCUGAGGUGACCCGCGGGAAUGGAAUUGGUGCCAGCAGGAAACAGUCAUGCACAGGCCACCCAACUCACAGCAUGACUGAUCACCACGCCAGCCAUGUCAAAACUGGACAUUUCCUGUUCGCAGAGAGUUGAAGCAGGUCCAUCUUGAAGAACAUCUGAUUGGACAUUUAAAAAUGGAUAAAGAUGAUUCAGAGGACAAAAAGCCCAAUUUUCCAUUUUCACGAGCUAUAGGUAGAGCAGCCCUAGGUGACCAGAACAAAGUGUGACCGAAGAAUAUUUAUUAUUAAGAAAGAGAUGGAAAUACUGGAGAUGGGCAUUGGCUUAACUCUAUUUCAGUAAUGUUGUGGUCACACCAGUAAGUCCCCAGCUUCCCUCUCCCCUGUGUAACUUUUUCUCCUUUUUCUAUUUGUUGCACCCCUGAUGGCAGCAUGUUAGGCCUGUUCGGUUUCUCAGGUGGUGGAAGUCUGUGGCCUCUUAGCCUGUGCCUCCCAGCACACCUGAAGAAAACCACAAUUCCCAGAGAGGCACUGACGCUUGUAUCUUAUUGCUUAAUUAUUAUACCUAUUUAAUGCUACUUAGAACAUUGUCAGCUGUUGAGAAAAGGUAAUUAUCACUAGUCAAAUGAAAAACACUUUUUUGGCUGCCUUACGGAUACACAUUUUACUGGUACCUUGAUACAUAAUGAAGCCUGAUAGCAAAACUUUUGCUUGUCUCUUCUUCAAGCCACAGCUGUUUCCCUGCUAAAUUCAUCCCAUCUGUCUUCCCUUCCGUAAAGCUGUAGGCAGUAUAGCAUAAGUACAGAAGCAGUUCAGUGCUAUUUUGGAUAAACAUAGCUGAAAUUUGAAUCUUUGCCAUUUGCGAUGCACACAUUUUGUUUUACUGCUGUAAAGAGAGCUGUCAAAAUACAACUACAUGGAUAAUUUACUAAAAUGCAGUCAAAUAUAAGGUUGAUCAGAGGGAGAGUACAUUGGGUCACUCUGACUAUUCCAGUCUGUGCUCUGAAAGGUGUCACUGACCUCGAGGUCCCCGUGAAUUCUGUUUGGGGAGAGUUAGCAUCUGAAGUCUUUGCUUUAAUCCUGCAGCAUGGUUUUGAGGAGUUACCAGUUCCUUUAACUGUGUCUGUGGCAUGACUUUCAGAGUCUUUAAGAGGCUUCAGAAGUCCAUUUUCUUCAUCUUCAAAAAAUUUGCACUGAUGAGAGAUGUUUUCUCUUUCUUGGCACAGCCAGACGGAGCUGAGCUACAUGACCAUUCUGCUGAGUUCCGACAUUUAUUUCAUUGGAACCUUUGUUACCACUGAGGCAGUCUGUUUCGUUUUCAUCCCAUUCCUUAUUUCUGGACAAUUGGUGCAUCUAAAUGUACCAUGGUACAUUUUUAAAACUCAAUACUAUACAAUGCUUUAGAGUCGAGGGAGAUGUUUUCUUGAAUGAAUUCCUCUUCUGAAUUCUAAGAAGAUUCACCUGGCCCACAGCCCUCACACACAUAUUUACUGCUUUUUCCCAUGUGCAAAGGUCUUUUCCAAGCCCAAAAGGGUCAUGACCUCUUUGAGGGGAAGGGCUAAUACCUAAUAUAUUUUGGUAGCCGCUGUGGUCAGAGCUCAUAAGAGGUACUUGGACUUCAGGUAAGUGAAACACAACAUCUUUGGGAUGAGAUCUUAUCCCAUUGGUUCUUUACUCUAAGAUUUCACUUUAUCUUACCCUCUCUCCACCACUUCUCAACCCUGCAUCAGUGUAGCACAGAGGGAGUGAAGGGGGCUGCAGGAAAGGUGUGGAGGCCAGGCCAAGGAUUGGGCCCACUACUUUCUGCCCUUCCCCAUUUGCCAGAACUCAGUCACCUGGCUCACCCAGCUGCAGGAACUGGGAGGCAUGACCUAGAAGAGGAGGAACCUGGGGAGUGGUGAGCUCCAGUGUUCUUGUCCCUAUCAUCCCUGCCUCUAAAAAUAACCCUUCAUAAACAAAUGAUAGCAAAAGUCAUCUCCUGCAUAUAAAGACAUGACAGAAAGCAAUAUCUUUUUAGGUAAGUGGCUGUGUGGCUAUGAAGGUAGGGACAGUAACCAGUGAGGUUUCGCUCCUAACACUGUCACACACACAUCUUUUUCACAAAUGCCAUCUUGCUAACGACUCUGCAACCUCCUCAGAGUGCAGCCUUGGUUGUCUUGUUCUCCACUGUAUCCCAGCGCCCAGUAAAGAAGACAUUGUAGGUGCUCAGAAAAUAUUUGCUGAGCAAAAAUGAAUGCAAUGAAUGCAUGAAUAGUAGAACAAGUUUACAUUACAUUUUUUUUCACAUUAUCUUAAAAUUCCUACCUUUGGUACAGCCAGAAGACACCGGCAUCUAUGUGUGCAUUGCGCUUCAACAGCUUUAGCAAAAUCACAGUGCUGUCGGGUCUCCAGCUGCUGCCCACGAAAUUGUUUACCUAGAAGGUCCCCAAGGCCUUUUCUGCACCAAGGCAUUUGCCUUCUCUUAUCUGGUUUUCUUUUGGCGAAGAAAAAAAAAAACAAACCCUAGGCUCUUGGGAAGAUGAAAAAAGUAUAUGACU